AUAAAAGAUGCCUAAAUUAAGCAAAAGGGAAGAAAAGAAAAUGAAAAAUAAAAACGUUUUAAGAAAAAUAUUAGAAUUAAAGAAUGAACUUUUUGGUCAGUUUUCUACUACUAUUACCAAAGAGUCACGGAAAACAGCAUGGAUAAAUGUAAGAGAUUAUGCUGUUUCAAUAGGUCUAAUAGGAAGCGACAAAGAGUUUUGUUAUGUACGCGACGCAACUUGGCCUAACCUAAGGUCCAGAACAAUGACAAAAAUUGACCAAUCAAAUAAAACUGGCGCACCAGGAGGUCCCGAAUCAAAAUUAAAUGACACUGAUAAACUAGUGAUAGAAAUAAUUGGAAAGGAAUCUCCUGUUGUUCAAGGAAUUGGCGUACCCGAUUCAAUGGAAAUUGUUUCCGAAGUUAAAGAGAUUACCGAGGACUUUAGUUAUUCUAUGCCCAAUGAAAACAAUGAUAAUGGCACCACAAAAAGCAAGUGCUCGCUUCAACAAAGUUCAUGUAGACGUAAGAAAAGAGUUAUCGUUCAGCAACCAGAUGAUGCUAAAAACAUUCAAUCUCUUAAAAUAAAGAAACUUCAGCUUGAGGUUCGGAAGUUGGAACUGGAAGUUUGGGAAAAAGAAUGCUCACUCAAUGUUAAACAUUUUAUUCAUACUAUGAAUAUUGGGUCCUCCAACUAUAUCAGUGGUUGCGAAACACAACUGGGACAGGUUAUGAUUGUAAAUUCUACUGAUUGUGAUGAAGGGCAGUUUAUUUAUGUUAAAGAAAAAUAA